UCUUCCUCCCGCCGCCGCCGCCGCCGCGCCUUAUCGCUCCGAUGGCCGGCGAAUCGAGAGAGCCGAAAGAGUACUACCCCUGCGAGCAGCGCAGCCGCGACCAAUCCAAGGUUCUGGACGAGAUCCGCGGGUACUACAAGGAGGCGGUGGACCGGCUGAUCUUGGCGGGGAUGCCGGAGCUAAUCCCUGCGCUCCUCGACGCCGGCUUCUGCUUCGGGCUGCUCGACCCCGUCUCCAACAUCAUCUUCAACACCAUAUCCAGCCUGGGGGUGAAGGAUACCAAGAAGAAGAGAAAAAGAUCGCCGAUUGAGAUGGAUCCGUUCGAAAAACCCGGCGCCGGCGUCGUCGAGCGGUCGUUCGACGGCCUCACGGCGUUCCUCGUCUCUCGAUUCCGGUACCUGCACGACUGGGAAGCUCUUCGCUACCUGCUGCUGGCCAAGGCCGACCUCGAUGUGGCUGUCCGCCUCGUCGCGCUGGAUCGUGAGACUACUGCACACACCAUCUUCUCCUGCGCCAUUAUCACCGACGAGACUCCUCUGAGCACCACCGUCAAGGUUGCCCUCAAGUGCGCCGCCGCAUCUGCGAAGCACCCGUCCCCUUCCACCUUCACGGAAACCUGGUCAUCCAUGUCAUCUUUUACCAGUUCAGUGUCUGGCCAGUCACCACCAGACACCACCGACCGCCUUCAGAAGUUGUUGCUCCCCGCUCUACCUUCGCUGCGGCUUGGCCACCUCCAUGAGUCUCAGCUUCAAACUCUAAACUGUUAUCUGACUACCCGGCUUCAGGACUCGAUCCCCAUUCAACUCAAAGCAUCCAUUAAUUAUGUCCUCCUAGAUAAAAUCCACGGCGUCUACCUCAAGGCAAUUGCGCACCUUCCGGGUGAUUCAUUGCGACAGAGCCACCAUCGCAGCCUUCUCAAGGCCGGUUACUGCUUUGGCCCCAUGAAUGACCCUGUCUCCAACGUCCUACUCAACACCAUUUGGUACAACACUGCAUUCCCACCUCAAGAUGAGUUUCCGGUGGACAUGCUUUGCACCAAAAGCCUUCGGCGCUUGGAACGACGGUCAAUGGCUGGCCUUGUGACGUUUCUUCGCACACUCUUCCCUGAAAUUGCCGAGAAUGUCGCUCUGCUGUAUCUCCUCAAGGGGGAUGCCAACCUUCAAGCAGCCAGUUCCAUGCUGCAGCUAGAUGGUCACCAGUUGUCGGGAUCCUUUAAAAAGGCCUACAAGAUGGCCGCUAAGGUAGCAUGGCAUCCAGAUCCUAGAGCGCUACGAGAGCUCUGUGCCCUGCCAAAUGUUGUGUCCUCGGUGCGGUCUCUUCUAAAAACCAGUAACGCAUGCCCGCUAUCCUCCGAAGAUGUCGGUGGCAUCUCUGCAUUGUUGGUAUCUCUAGGCCCCUCUUGUACCCCAUCAGUCCCGAAACUGCGGACUCGUGCCUCCAGUUAUGUCUCACGCCGACAGGAAAGGUUCAAGGAUCAUGAGUCGUUCUUUGUAGACACGGUUGAAGCUGCACUAAGUGAUUUUUCAAAGCAAUCUCUGGAGGGGGUUGAGUAUCAGCUUCAUGUUAUAUGCGGUGUCAAUCCACAAGUAAUGGAGAAUGGGAAGUACAGUUACCACGACACCAAAGACGGGGAUCCAUACUGUCAUAUCAACUUUUAUGCAACACCAAAGGGCUCACCUUCUGAAGCUGGCACACCCCCCACACUGUUUUUCGUUGAAUGUAGGAAUGUUGAUGAAGACAACAAUGUGCUGCGUUGCUGUGUGGUAGACCCUUUGACUGAUGAUGGUCGCUGCUACCACUGCGAGUAUGAAGGGAUCAGACUUGUGCAUCCGUCCUUUGGAACAUACCAUGGGUGUCACGCAGAGUUCGAGGAAAUUGCUUCUGCACCAUAUGGACUCACCAUCGAAGAAGCUAUCAUCUUUGGGACGAGCAGAAGUGAGUAUAUGGCGUGGUUGCCUUCGAAGGAUUCGGUCUAUUUUGAUCCUCGAUGGGACACAAAGUUUGCCCAAUAUAUAAACGCUGCUACCAAGUCAGGGAGAACACCCAUGCACUCAAACAGGCUCGUCACGCCGUGAUAAUUUGGUUGGUUUGUGUGAUACUUCCAAUUUCAAGAUGCUGGCAGAGCCGCAUGUGACUCUUCUUUUUUGUACAGGUUUCUGAAGUAUAUACGCUGUGUAUAUGCUAUAAUAUCUAUCUGUGCUUGUCAACUUAUAUGUUCAGGAUAUAACCUUUUCUUGUCACCUUAUUUUGCUAUUGCAGAGGUCAUACCUGGUUAACAGUUUUUUUUUUUGAAAAUACGUAGGGGUUCUUUCAUGGUACACUUAAUGAAUAUGAACUGUUAAUUCCAUGCAA